UACGACAUAAGGUGCGCUUGCCCCGAUCCCCCUUCUCCUUAUUUCUAUCAAUCCAUUAAUCUGUAUAACAAGCCUGCCUGAACUGCAUAAUGGUUAAAGCAUACUCACAAGAGCAUAUUUAUAAGCACCCAUGGGAGCGGGUCACAUCAGCAUCUUGGCGCAAGUUUGCUGAUCCAGAAAACAAACGAACCUUAUCCCACAUCCUAGAAGUCGACACCUUAAACCACAAGCUCGACUCUGAAUCGGGUAAGCUAUACACUACCCGUGCCAUUACCAUCCAUGCUCCUGGUCCAUGGUUCCUUCGCAAGAUUGUGGGUCAAGAUAUCUGCCAUUGUGUUGAAUCAACUACCGUGGAUGCCAAGACUCGGUCCAUGCAGCUUGCCACCAAGAACAUCAGCUUACAAAAGUUCGUGGAAGUGGAAGAAAAAAUCAGGUAUGAUCCACACCCUGACAAUCCGGAUGGCUGGACAAUUUGUCGACAAGAAACGAGCAUUCGGAUAAAGCCGUUGGCAGCACUGGCAUCAAUGGCAGAGAAGAUAGAGCAAAAAUGCGUGGAGAAGUUUCAGCAAAACAGUGCUAAGGGUAGGGAGGUUAUGGAGAGGAUGUGCAAGUACCUGGAAUCUGAAUCAUCUUCCAGGGGAAUGUCCGUCUAACUGUAGCUUGUGUUCUUGUAAGACGUUUUUGAGGUCUUUACGAAAGAAGAGUAGGCAACACAAAAAAGAAAUAAAUGGAUUCUAGUGUUUUAAUUUGUUUCAAUGAGCUUUUAAAGUUCAGUUCUUGUAUGUGUCAUGGGCAAAAGCCCAAUAAUUUUUGUAUUUUACAUAAGGGUCGUAUUGCUUUUUCCCUGUUUGUAUAUAUCAGUAAGGAAUAUUUGCAGUAGGUUGUUAUUAAUCUACUGUUGCUUCA